UCGGUGUAGAUGCUUAGCAACAUUUGGGGAUAGCACCAGCUUCUUGUUGGCCCUCGAGCGAAAGAUUCAACUUCUCUAAUCCAUUUUUAUUGGAGUUGGAGUGUUUGUAUUAGAGUACUCUUCUUUGCAAGCAAACACCUCGACAAAUGUUGUAGAUUGCAUAUUGCCCUGUAGUAGUACUUAUGUGAACCAAGAUGAGUUCAUUUUGGAACCGAUUAUGUUAGUAGAAUGAGUCAGAAGUCAAGGUCAACUAGUUUUUGUACUCUUCGCCCCCGAUGAGAAGAAACUUCAGCCUAAGUGCCUAACCUAAUCAAACCCUUCCCACACGCAAUUCAGCACCUAGGCGUAUACUUUGGUUGGAUCUCAAAGGUUCGAAAGUCUUUUAGGAAACUGCUAGUCAACAAAGCGUGCUAGACCAAAUAAACAGCCAGUAUUAUGUUAUAUAAUAUGGGGAAGUGAAGGUGCUUGCCUUGGUAGGCGAUGCUGUGAAAUUUCUCAGCCAUGGAAGUUAUGAGUUCCUCCAGAGUUGUAUGCCUGUUUUUUCCCAUUUUUACGUAUCUUUUUAUUUCUGCUUUCACAACUGCUCGGUCGGACGAGCUGUUUCACUAUUGCGCGCCCAAUGCCAGUUUCGUCAAGAACGGCACUUACCAGGCCAAUCUUAACCACCUCCUCUCCAACCUAUCUUCCGACAUCCAAAAGGGCUCCGGCUUUUACAACGUCUCCUAUGGCCAAAACAACAAUAAGGUCAAUGCAAUUGCCCUCUGCAGAGGAGAUGUUGGGGCAGAGAUCUGUAGGAGCUGCAUCACUAACUCUACCAAGGAACUGAAAAAGGAAUGUCCUACGCAGAAGGCGGCAAUUGUUUGGCACGAUGAGUGUAUGUUAAGGUACUCCAACCGUUCAAUAUUUGGAAAAAUGCGAACAGAGCCUUAUGAAUGCAUGGCAAACAACGAGAACGCCUCCGACACGAAUCAGUUCUAUCAGGGAGUGACAACUUUGCUAGAUGACCUGAGAUCUCGGGCGGCCUCGGGUGGUACUCGGCUUAAGUUUGCAAUAGGCCUUGGAAAUGUUUCACACUCAGUAACAGUAUAUGCGCUUGUGCAAUGCACUCCUGAUUUAUCUAAGGCCGAAUGCAGCAAUUGCCUGUCUAAUGUUACUGCUUUAAUUCCACAAUGCAGUCAAGGGAGAAAGGGAGGCAGAAUACUCACACCCAGCUGUAAUUUUAGGUACGAGCAAUAUCUCUUCUACAAUACAACAGCUAAUGUGAAACCAAUAUCAAUAUCACUGCCACCAGCAUCACCACCGUCAAUAUCACCGGCACCAUCAAUAUCACUAGCACCAGCAUCACCACCAUCACUGGCACCAGCAUCAUCGCCAUCACUAUCACCACCAUCACCGCCAUCGCCACCAUUACCGCCAGCAACAUCACCGGCACCAGCAUCACCGGCACCACCACCACCACCACCACCACAAUCACCAUCCCCAAAUUCCCCGCCAACACCCGAAGCUCCUCCGCCAGCCAGUACGGCCACCAGAAAGGGGAUGAUGAGAAGCAGACUUCAGAUUCUGAUUGCAGUUGUAGGUUCAUUGUUCAGUUUCCAGUACUUAGGUUUCUAAGCCAACAGCAUCGGAUUUAUAAGGUUGGGGAGAUGGUCUAUUGAUUAGUAGUAGAAGUACUAGAAAUAGUAGCAUGAGUACAAUGAUUUGCUCUGUAUCUCCCUAAGAGAGAUCGUUGUAUUUAUGAUAGUGCUUUUAUGGGAAAGAAAUAAGAUAGGUGCUUCGAAUCACCUCAAUUGUGUUUGAUCCUCUAAAUUAUGUAAUGAUUCAAAUUACAUCAAUACUUGAUUGAUCUCCAAAUUAUGCAUUUCAAUGAUUCAACUACACUCAAGUCUUAUUAUUUGAAUGAAAGAACCCAGAAUGG